UGCAAGUGCAACCCCGGCGACAGCGGUUCGAGCAGCGGCAUCCACGACGACGGCGAAGCAAGCCGGCCCGGCUGAACCAAUGGAAGCGGCAGGGGAUGGAAGGUUCCGAGGACCGCUCGAUGCCGUUGCCGGUUCCAUAUUCAGUGCGAUGGACCUGCCUUUGAACCGGCCAGCUCAGACGAUGGUGAAUGAUUGGGAACGAAUAGUCGUGGACAUCCGUAGCAGCGACGAAUCAACAAUUCAUCCAGCAAAUGACCUUCUCAUACAAGCCCUGGCUAUUUACCCUUACUCCCACUUGGUUGAUUGUUGGGAAUCCAUGCUCGAGAAAGAUGCAGAAUUGAUCCGCCAAAGUGAAAAGGGUGGGAAAUGCAUAUUCCUCCUGAAUAACACAUUUGAUGUUCUGCAAAUGGUGCGGCGUCAAAGAGCAUCUUUUGCCGGCGACGAACUGGCGAGUAGGCUCACUUCAAUGGUCGAGCGGUACAAGAAGAGCUACUUGGGCGAGUGUUGGGCUCCUCUGAACCGUUUAAACUUGGAGGAGUUUACCGCAGAAUUUCUUGCCACCUGUAAUCGCCAGAUGACAUGGAAGGUUACAGCGGAACUCAGGUAUCAACUGCGGCAGGAGAUCGUGGAUUUCAUUGUUCCACCGUAUGAGGUGUCCUUGUCUGCACUGCAGGGAAAGGGGAAACGAGUUUUAGGGGGGCCUUUUUCAUUAUUAAGGCGACAAAUUGUGGGAGAGAAGAAACAAAAGAAGUACUACUAUACUGUUGAGCAACUGGAAGGGGAGAUAAGAGGAUUAUUUGAAGGGUGAACGGCUAAGCUAACGGGCGAGGAGAGGACACUGGACCUGUACACGGCCGUGGCAUUUAGCAUAUCUGAAAUAAAAUGGCGUCCCGCCAUGAUUUUGCAGGUUGCACUUGUGUCCGUGUAACUUUGUCUCGCGGAAAAGGUUGUAAUUUAUAUUAGUUGCAUAUAAUAGUGAGUAGUAGUACAUAGAGACCAGAGUCGGCAAGUCAGCUUGUUGGAUAUAGAAGGU